CAGUCUUCGACAAAAUGAGUGACCCAAAGCAGAAAUCCGACGAUUUGCCUGAGCAAGUUGAGCAACCCGAGCAAGGAGGAGGAAACGAUGGACAAGAGGAGGAUGUACAGAUGGCCGAGGUGUCUGAGCAAGAACUCGAGCGAGUGAGGACAUUACUGCAUCGGGAUUGGAUGUACUCAUUCACGCCUGAACGAGUUCGGCGGUAUCACCUCAACCGCUCCGACUAUCUCAACGAAGAGAUCAGGCAUUCACAGCGUGCCAUAAGAAAUGCUCUACUAGGAUAUAAACAUGCAAGCAAUUCUCGGAAAACUUGCCGAACAGAUCUGCUUGACACGACGUGGAUCCUAGAAAAUUUGGAGCUCGUUGGUCGUCAACUACCUCGCGAAUCUAGUUCUCAGGGGAACCCGAAUCAAGAGAGUGUGCAAGAAUUACACCGCCAGAUUUGUCAAUUGUUUGAAGAUGAUGCACUCGCUGUGUGCGAAAGAGGUCAUAAUCAGGAAGUCGCGUUAGACCUGGCCAGCCAAGUGAUUGCGACACACAUGAGGACGAUCAGAGAAUUUCAAGAGGAAUAUUUCAAAGUCACCGGAAAAAAGCAUGAGUUGAAGAAAUUGGAGGACAACGCAUACGGGGUACUGUUGACUCCUUCUCCAAAACGAAUGCCGAAGAACUUCCAACGACGUCGCAGCGAUGGUGACGAUGACGAUGAUGGUCCGGGAAAUUGGGGAAACCUUAAUCCAGUUGCACCUGUCUAGUACAAUACUAUCCAAUAUAUGUUUACUAAUUUUAACCUUUUAACCGUACUUUUGUCGAGUAUUCAAUUUUAAUAUGCAAUUUAUAUCAAUUGUAUUUAAGCCAAGCUUAAUGUUAAUAUUGUACUCUUCAUAAUCUUUAUGCUAAUUUAAGUUGUGUCUUCAACUAUUUCAGUUAACAUCACCCUAUUUUCAUGUAACUACCACGUCAAUUGUUUAUAUUUGAUAAGUUCUUGUGUUUAAAACACUUGCCCUCAACUUUAUUAAAAUAAAUUGUUAUGACGGGUAAA